UACCACUCCACCAUUCUUUUCCCUAUCACCAUGAUCCAGGCCAUUCUCCAGCGCCUGGCCCGCUGGCUCGACCGGCCCUUCUUCCCAUGGAAGAAGCUCGUCAUCGGCUUCUCUCUCGCCGAGUUCGCUUUUGAGAACUGGCUCCUCUUCCGCCAAUACCGCGUUCUUCAGAAGACCAAGGUGCCCAAAGCCCUUGAGAGCGAAAUCGAUCAGGAAACCUUCGACAAAUCCCAGGCAUACGGCCGUGCAAAGGCCAGGUUCAACUUCUUUUCAAGCGUUUUCCAACAGGUUCAAAAGAUCGCCAUCCUCUCGUUCAAUGUCUAUCCCAUCGUCUGGGCCUUCUCGGGCUCCUUGCUCGGUCGCUAUGCGCCUGCCCGCUUCUCUGGAGACAUCUCCCAGUCGCUCCUGUUCAUGUACCUCUUCGGUUUGAUCGAGCUGGUCCUCGGGUUACCGUUCGCAUACUACCUCAACUUCGUUCUCGAAGAGAAGUUUGGCUUCAACAAGAUGACGAUCAAGCUUUGGAUAACCGAUAUGCUCAAGAGCCAGGCCCUCUUGAUUGCUCUGGGUGGGCCAAUUGGUGGCGCCUUCUUAUCGAUCAUCAAAAGAACCGGCGACAACUUCUUCUACUACCUCUGGGUCUUCAUGCUCGUUGUACAGAUCGUCGGCAUUACCAUAUACCCUGUCUUCAUCGUCCCUCUGUUCAACAAGCUGGAACCCCUGAAACCCGGAAAGCUUAAGGAAUCCGUUGAGGCUCUUGCCGCGAAGCUCAAGUUUCCCCUCAGCGAGCUACAGGUCAUCGAUGGAAGCAAGCGCAGUGCACACAGCAAUGCCUACUUCACCGGACUCCCCUGGAUUGGGAAGAAGAAGAUUGUCAUCUACGACACUCUCUUGGAGAAGAGCUCCGACAAGGAGGUCGAAGCUGUCUUGGCGCACGAGCUGGGUCAUUGGAAACGAAACCACACAUCACGGUUGCUUUUCAUUGGGCAGGCUCAUCUAUUUUAUGUUUUUGCGCUAUUCUCGGUUUUCAUCCACAACCGAUCCCUGUAUGCGGACUUUGGCUUCCUCAACGAGAGGCCCGUGCUCAUCGGAUUCCUUCUCUUCAACGAUAUCCUAUCGCCGACGGAUGCCAUUGUCAAGCUAUUGCUGAACAUUUGGACGCGCAGCAUGGAAUUUGAAGCCGAUGCAUUUGCACUGCAACUUGGAUAUGCCGCCGAACUAGGCUCCUCUCUCAUCAAGCUUCAGAUUCAGAACUUGUCGAGCAUGGACGCCGACUGGCUGUUCUCCAGCUUCCACCAUUCGCACCCGAUUUUGACAGAGCGACUGAAGGCUAUGGGCUGGACGAGCGACAAGUCUGUCGGCGCUAACAAGUCGGUGGACGAACAGAAGCCUUUGAAGGCCGCAGAUAGGGAGUUGUAAGCGGCGGAAGUAAGCGUCUUGUGUAUUGUAGAAACCAGAUGGAGGGAUUGUAGUAGCCGGAACCGGUGCGGCCAAAGAGGUAUAUGUAGACCCUGCCAGGAAUCCGGAGACCUGGGUGCAAGGAAGGGUGCAAGAGAGCGUGCGGAAGGUCGUUGUGAUGGAUCUCAAAGCCUCUAAAGGCCAGGUCAGCCCGUCGCGGCUUUCUGCGGCAGAUUCAGAACUGGAAGCGAAGCAAAGCAAUCCAACCCUACUCUUCCUUCUUUU